AUGAAUUUCAUUUUAUUUUCCAAUUACAUUUGCCACCAUCACAGCUCACCAGUUCGAUUCACAGAUUGUGACUCAAGCUCAAAAGACUUCGAGACUUCGAGGGAUUUUUCACACCUUCCCGAUGCCGUGGCUCCUUGUUCUAACUCACCUUCCAACAGUUCUGACUUAGUGUCGACCGAAAUCGCCCUAGCGCAAGCAACAUCUUCAUCUGGCAGUUUGGAAGGAGCUUCAAGGAUCGCCGAGAUGUGCGGCUCAAAUUUAUUUGAGGCUCCUUUGCAGACGCUGGUUCUGGCUCGACAACUCGAUGUGCACCUACGAUGGAAUGCUCUGAUCACGGCGCAUGGGGCCUCUUCUCGUCAUGACCGGCUGAAAUCGGGUAUUCGGAGCAUCAUGUAUGUACAUUUUGCCACAAAACGCUACAGUCAUGCUGAGGCAGCACCAUCCCAAAUGACGCUUUCCCGUAGUAACUUCGAGAAAUUGCCAACAUAUUCUAAAAGUCAUAGUUCAGAAUCUUGCGGAAGACGAGUUUGGAAAGGAAUACAGACACCUAUUUUCUAUUACUGA